AUGUCUGAGUACGGGCGCAUGGACCCGUUCUCCUUCGCGGGCUCCAAGGAUGUCCAUCAUCCUGUGAGCAUUCGCAUAAUGAACCUUGAGGGCGAGGAGCCUCCAUUCAAACCUUCGACUCUUCUCGAGAAGCCCGAACUGCGACACAUCGGCUCCAACACGAGCUCCCACUCCGACCUCUACGUCACGGUUCAGGUUUGGGCCGGUUCCAAACCCUUGACUGUACCCGUUCAGACCGCCUACAAACCCUUCCGAACCGAGCGAAAGUGGAACGAAUGGCUUCAGCUACCCAUCACAUACGAUUCCCUUCCACCCAACUCAUGCUUGGCCAUCACAGUAUGGGAUCUGUCGCCAACCGGCGGGACUGGAGCGCUUGGCCAUGCCAUCCCCUUUGGCGGCACAACCUUGCCCAUGUUCGAUGAAGAUAAUCAAGCGCAAAAGGGUAGGCAGAAGUGCCUCGUUCACCGUCACAAGCACGCAGAUGGUACAGACAACACAGCAACCCCCGCUCUAGUCUCAAAUAAAAAGAGGACAACAUCUCGCAAGGGACCGCUUCCUCCUCUAGACAAAGAUGCAGAAGAGCUGGAUCGGAUGGAGACUUUGUUCAAGAAGCACGAGAUGGGAGAAAUUCCCCGUGUUGACUGGCUAGAUCAGAUGGUCUUUCGCAGUUUCGAGAAGCGAGGCCUUCAAGCCGCAAAGUCAUCGAUGCAGAUGCUCCAGCGACAGCGAGCUAUUAACGGAGAGAACGACCUCAAUGGUCCAGAUAAUGAGAAAAGCGAGGAUGGGCGACCAGGUCCUUCGACGUUUCUUCUCAACGUCGAGUUGCCACGUUUCGAUUUUCCCGUCGUCUUUGCCGACCACGAAUACGAUCCUCCCCCGAUCUCGCCCCUCCAAAACCUUUCAGUCUCACAAGCCAGCAUGGCUCACCGUCAGCCGCAGGUUCAGUAUGGGCCAGGAAUUAACGCACUUAGUGAAAGCUCAUAUGGGCUUGAGGGGCGGCUGAUCAAGGUCUAUGACCCCGAGGCUGGCCAUAGAGACAACCCGGCAGAGGCGAAGCAUCGUCGAUUGUUCAGAAGCUCCCACCGGCAUGGCAUCCUCGACAAGGACUUGAAACCGAAUGCCAAGGUUCGAGAUGAGCUCAAUCUCAUCAUGUCAUAUCCUCCAACCCAGGUCCUUACGCCAGAGGAGACGGAUUUGGUGUGGAAAUUCCGAUAUCAUUUGACCCGAGAUAAGAGAGCCUUGACCAAGUUUGUCAAGUCAGUCAACUGGGGCGACCAGAGCGAAUCGAAGCAAGCCGUCCAGGUGCUUGGGCGGUGGACUGCAAUCGACGUCGAUGAUGCUCUUGAGCUCCUUGGCCCGUCGUUUGACAACUCAGCAGUCCGGUCCUAUGCCGUGGACCGACUACGCAAGUCAGACGAUCAGGAACUGCUCCUAUACCUUCUUCAGCUGGUGCAGGCUCUCAAAUACGAGCAUAUCUCGACAGACUCGGAUGAGGAGAGCAGCCACGAUUCAUCUCUAGCCCGCUUCUUGAUUCAACGUGCUGCGGCGAACUUUAUGCUGGGAAACUAUUUCCAUUGGUAUCUAAUGGUGGAAUGUGAUGACCGCAGCCCUGAACAGGGCAUCGAUAACCGAAAUAUCUACCGAAAGGUUGCUUACGAGUUCAUGACGGAACUUGUCAAGCAGCCAGGCGGUACAGAAACACGCAAAACUCUUCUGCGACAAGCCGAGCUGGUUGCCAUCCUAUCCAGGAUCGCACAAGAGGUCAAGACGUCAAAUGACACGAUAGCGAAGAAGGUGGACAAAGUCAAGCACUUCCUGGCAGAUCCCAAGAACGAGCUGCUUACCUUUGAUCCGCCCUUACCGAUGCCUCUCGAUCCAUCAAUAUUGAUUACUGGUGUCGUGCCAGACCAAACCCUGGUAUUCAAGUCUUCACUGAACCCGUUCAAGUGCACCUUCAAGACUACUACCGGAAGCACUUAUCCCAUCAUCUUCAAGUUGGGUGAUGAUCUCAGACAGGAUCAGCUCGUGAUCCAGAUCAUUACACUGAUGGAUCAGCUCCUGCAGAAGGAGAACCUGGAUCUCAAGCUGUCUCCCUACAAGAUCCUGGCAACCAGCACAUCAGCAGGCGCCUCGCAGUUUGUCCAGUCUGCAAGCUUGUCAAGUAUUGUCAACAAGUUCCGGCAAAACCCAGCGUUGGCCUACCUCAAGUAUCAUAACCCAGACGACAGGCAGCCUCUGGGUGUGCGACAAGAGACGCUGGACACUUAUGUGAGAUCAUGCGCGGGCUACUGUGUCAUUACAUAUAUCCUAGGUGUGGGUGAUCGUCAUCUCGAGAACCUGCUCCUUGCCCCCGACGGGCACUUCUUCCAUGCCGACUUUGGUUUUAUUCUUGGUCGAGAUCCCAAACCUUUUGCGCCCCUGAUGAAGCUUUCUAAAGAGAUGGUAGACUGUAUGGGUGGCGUGCAGUCAGAGCACUAUCAGCAGUUCAAGCAGUACUGCUUCCUGGCAUACACGGCAUUGCGCAAGUCGUCAAACCUGAUACUCAACCUCUUCAGCCUCAUGGUGGACGCUAACAUCCCAGAUAUCCGGCUGGAGCCGGACAAGGCGGUACUUAAGGUGCGGGAGCGGUUCCACCUGGAGCUCAGCGAGGAGGAGGCCCUGAGAUACUUUGACCGGGUUAUCGAAGAUACGCUGACGGCGUAUGCGCCUGUUGUGAUUGACAAGCUGCACGAGUGGGCGCAAGCUUUUCGAGCAUAG